UCUAAAUGUCAUAACUUGAAUUUGGAUUCUGGAUCAAAUUCAGUAUCUUCACAUGUGCUUUUAUUAAUACAUCUGUGAAAUGGAUUUAUGUGAUUGGUUCUACUUUAUACCAUCUGUUUUGCCUCCAGUACUGUGAUACUCUGUUAAGUGCCGGUCUCAUCCCACCCCACCUAUCUUUGGGAUUUCUGUUUGUUGCUGAGUUUGUUCCUACUUCAGUAAAAAAGGCUCUGUGUAGAAGAGGAAAACUGCCAUGAUUGCUAUACCACUGUUUUAAAUGCUAACUAAUGUGUGAAAAAAAAACAGAGAAAACAUGAAUUGUUCUGAAAAUAGUGGGUCUGAUUUGGGCCCUGUUGCUGCUGUAAGGAGCACGAAGCCAGGAGCGAGGGGCAUCUUUAUCUCCAGGGAUGACUUUCUUCCUCAGUUGUGGAGUACACGGUGGUGGUGAGGAAAACAUUCUGCCUCGUUUUAAAUGCUUCUGAACAAAUUUAGAUCAUUGUGAGAACCUGAGAGAGGUGAAAUUUAGGUUCUUAGGACUGAAGUGGGAUUGGAAGUACAUUUAAUUUGCUGAGAUCUCCAUCACUGGCCCUGGCUCCCCAGCAGCUGGCCCGUGGGGUGCAGCAGUGGAAGGGCUGUGCUGCUGUCUGCAUGGCUGCAGGCAUAGCUCCCUGCCUUCAUUUCACCUCACAGUUGCUUCUUGGCUGCUUCUGAAGUGGCUGUGGCCUGUGGGAUUACUUUUGAGAGCAGUGUGUAUUUGCACGUGUGCAGAAUAUUUGUACAGAGCCAGCACCAACCCUCUGGCACAGGUCCCCAUUCAGAAUCUGAACCUGGCUUCAGACUUGCCCACUUCCUUCAGCUGAGCUUCCACCUGUGGAUGGGACAGGAGUGGAGCUGUGGCAUCUACAGGAGGACAGCCUGAGUGCAGGAUUUACCUUGAAGAAAACACUUGUGGGAGAAAGGUAGGGUAAAUGGGCUUACAGAGAAGAAUCAGUUUCCCCACAGCCAGCUGUGUCAGAGAACGGUUCCUUUAUCGCACAGCAUGAUAAAAGCAUGAAGCUGGGGGCCUCACUUCCAGAAAGUUACUAAAAGAUACUUUUCCCACCUGGUAAUCUGCUUUCACACGCAAAUGUUUGCACACUGAGAUUUAACAGAUUGUGGCUCAGUUUGGGGAUGAAACGGAAGCCAUCUGCCCACUGCAUGGACCCAACACCAGCAGUGGGCACUAAGGCAGCAUCACCCAAUCACAGCUGCCAGUGGUAUCAGGAGGUAAUCUCUGUCACAGCUAGGAGCAAGCCAUACAGAUCCUCAGCGGUGCAAGUGGGCACUUUGCAGCAUACUCAGCUCAGAAACGAGCAGUUUGUGGUGUCAGUCUUGUAGGAUGAGCCACUGGCCCAUCCUGUACAGCAUCAGAGGAAGAACUUGUGGCCUUUCCUCCAUGUUAUUUCUCAUCACCCAUUAGGAGGACAUUGAGGCAGAGAGAUGAGUGCCUGCUGUUUCUCUUCCUGUUAUUUCUGUGCCAUUCUGAUACAUAGCAACUGCUGGGUUAAGAGCUGUAAGUGAAAGGGAUUUUUGCUGAAGAACAUCUCCUUAAACUGAAUGCUUCCAUUUUCUUUGUAAAAUGUUGGCACCGUGAUUCUACAGUUUUAUUUAAGAGGCAGGCAGAUAUUAUUGACUGCAUCAUUCAAGUGAUUAAUCCAAUUUGGCAGUGCUUAUAUACUGAAAAAAUGACAGUAUUUUUUAUAAUACCUUUGAGCUUUGUUUGGAAAGAAAGAAAAUGAAUAACCAUGAAACCUGCCUGUUUCAGAAUCUUGAGUUUCAGGCAUCACUCCGCAGUGUAACAUCAUUUCCAAAUUAGGUUCUCACCUUGGCCAGCGGUGUGUGAUUUUAGUAAUUCAGCUGUUUUUAACCCUUUCCAUGACAGAGAAACAGCUAACAGCUGCACGGUCUUGGGAUAACCCAAGUGGCAGUAGUCUAGAAUGGAAGUUGGCUGCUGCUGUCUCAAACCCAAUGUUAAAGCAAUACAGUAGAAGGAGAAGCACUGGGAGGCAGAAAACCCUCUGCAACACAGCAGUGGAUGCGAGCAGUGGAAUUCACUAGUAGGCAGCCUUGAUGUAUUGGGUCUAAGAUGAAUGGGUGCCAGUGUGGAGUAAUGGUUGUUGCAGGUCUGCAGGCAGUGCUGGAGGAUAGCUGGGAGUGCAGCUAUGUGCCAAUAUUUCUCCCAUUGCAGGGAGAACCAUGCCUUCUGCAAAAGGAGUUGUAUUUGGUCCUCUUUCUCAUAUGCUAGGAAGUGCAAAUUUCUUACCGAUGAAUGUGGCGUUGACUUGGCACGCUGGCAUCUAUUGAAUGAAAUUACCAGCUGUAGGAACUUGCUGGAAACCGUGGGUACAUCUGCUAUGGCUCGGGGGUUUCCCCAAAGGGGCUGCAGUGACAUAUCACGUAGGAAAGACCCAACAUGUGCCGGAAAGGGAACGAACACCUUGCCCAGCAGAAGUCAGCACGAAGGGCUGUGGUUGAGCACAGAGCACUGUGCCAUUUGUCACAUACAAGUGCAGAGUAGCAGUCUCAAGAUCUGAUACAGCCAACCCGUCUGGGGAUGUUUGACCAGCUGGUGAUACCUCUUCUCCUCAAUGAGUGCCAAGCUUUUGCUUUUGAAGGUUAUCUGAGUUUGAGUCAAACUACAGCUAACACUGCUUCUCCUGUGUGAGAACAAGACCCCUACAUGGUUCAGCUGGUUUGAUUAUCUCCUGUGCAUGGUCACUGAAAUAAUAUGAAAUCUUUCCAUCCAGCUUUCCUUCUUUGCUGAAAGACAUUCCAGGGCAUGCUGUGUUUAUUUGCAACGUGCUUUUUAAAACUGAGUAACUGUGCUUAAAAAACUGGUAAAUUCUCUGGAAUUCAGUAAUGGAAUUAGCGAUACAUUUGAACACCUGUUAGGUUCCUUGGUGUGCUUAUGAUUGUCUCACAAAAAUAUAUCAUAAAACGUAUGUCUUAAAAAUCCCACAUGUAAUUUCUUUUGUCCUCAUUAGUCUAAAUGCUGGUUUUAAAUUUCAUGUCUCUUUUGAGUGGAGUUUUAAUUCCGGACAAAAAGCUGAUGUUAAAUUGUCUGAGUUAAAAUCAAGUCUCCCAGGAUUUAAAAAUAAAGCACAGGAAAUGUUUGCAUAAUAUUCAAAUGUAGCUCUCCUAAAAUCUCUCUCUCUUAUUAUUUUUCACACGUGAUCGUUCUCAUGCAAAGUUUGUAAAAAUCAGUGAAAAAUGAAGCAUGAUUCUUACUAUGCUUCCCACUGAAAAAGAGAAACUCUUCAUUAAGGUUUACCAUAGCAUGGGGAUUUGCACGAUCUUUAAACCAAAUAGAUGUCGGCUUUCAGUACGUAGAGAGGCUUCUAAAAGUACUGAACUGAAGAAUGAGAGGGAUUUAUAUAUUAUUUUUGGUGAUAAUGCAGAGCCUUUUCUCCUCUCAACCUAUUCCAUGUGACUCGCUGCCAUCUGCAAUGUUAUGUUUUGUUAUCUUAUAUAAAAGUGACAUGAGAUUAAGUAUUGGAAUUGGGGAAAAGUGAAGGGAGCCUGACCCUGAACUGUAUAUUCUGCCUGCCGUAUGAUUGCAGUAAGAUGAAUCAAUGCAGAAUCUGAAUGGCCAGGUAUAACCCAUACUAAUUCCUAAAAAAGAAGAGAAAUCUUCACAACACAUUCAUUUGAAACCAUGCUUUAAUUGCAGCAAUGCACAAGAGGUAGAUGAUUCUGUGUGAGCACGUAGGCUCACUCAUUUAUUGAGUGUAAUUUAGUUUACUAAAAUUAAGCAAUUCUGGGGAAGCUACGUAAUGAAACAAACAAACAAAAAAAACACUACUAAAACAAUAAUUUCUACCUAUAACAUAAACUCUGAUGUUAUUAUUGUGCCUGGUGCAGGGCAGCAAUAGUGAGUUGUGGGCUAGAUUGUGGAUGACAACGCCUUUAUUAAUUUACAAAACAUGACCUUAAAUCAACAAAUGCGGGAAAGGUUGUGAUGAUUGCGUGUUUUAUGUUGCACUCUCUACUUACAGAGUGACUGACAUUGUUUCUGAGCCAGCCCUUUUUACAUUUGUACAUACAUUUUAAUCGAUGUACACAGACACCAAUUUCAAAAUGAAUUUUGAAGUUUGGCUGUUUCCCUCUGGGUGAAAUCGAGGUGAAGAUUUGAAAUAAUUGAAUAGACACAGAGGCAAGAAAACCCUUUUUCUUGCCAGCCAUUCUAAGGAGAAAACCUGAAACUGUCAGCCAGUUUCUCAGUGUUGUAAAAUGAAUAACCAGUCAAAUUGUUGUUGCUUACUUACUCUGGCUUUGCUCAUUAGCUAGCAGUUUAACAUUCAUCGGAACAGAACAAACAGAAUGGUGAGAUGCAGUGGGUGAUUCAGGACAUUCUUCCUGAAGCAGAAAAAUAAAACCAAACGCUACACGUCUUAGCAAGAAGUCAUUAUUCUGAAUUGUUAGAGCAAAUGGCAAGUUAUAAUUUGCUGCUCAAAACACCUAUUGAUUUAACGGUUGUUGUUCUUAUCACAAAACAUGCAAAAAUAAUCUUCUGUCAGACAUGAUCAUUCUGCUAUAACGUUUUCUUUCUCCACCUUUACCUCUCACCAAAAUCAAACUUUGGUAAAUUCUUAAUUUAAUGAGUAUGGAGAACAUCCCAGGGUCAGAGGAGAAGAUGCGGGAUGGGAGCCCACUUGUUGUGAUAGGCAUUUCAUAAACACAGAGCAAGGUUAUAUCCAAAUAGACCCCUAACAGUAAGCUUGGUGAUCUUGCAAGGGAUCCACGGGGGUUACAAAUAGUAGAAUGAAUAUUUUCAGUUUUUUUUCAACGUUGAGGAGGGCGUUAUGUCAGCUAUAUUGUUCUGUAUUAGCUACUAGCUGUACUGUUCACUCAUCACUUGGUAGAUUUUAAGGGUCAAUAAGGUUGGGUGCUCUGCAAGCGUGAGAGAGGAGCGUGGUCCUGCCCAGGUCAGAGCCAAACCACACUGCAGGCAGUUCUCUGUGACUGUGGGCUCAGCAUGGGCCCAAGAGAGAGCCCUCUUUUCUGGGAACACAGAUGUGUUUGAGGGGUGCCGGGUCAUUAGUUCUAGCCUUUCACUGUGCUACACAUCUGGGGGAUUUAACGUAAAUUCAUGUGAUUUCCUUAACAACAACUUAUCAUCAUGUAUUAAAAUGAUGUGACUAAAACUGCAACAGCUGUGCAUAUAAUAGAAAAGUAAUUGUUAAAGCUGUAUGAAUGUGCGUUCAUUUCCUUACAUAAAUUCUGAUCUAUCAGUUAUAUACCUAUUCUAUUGCAAUUCCAGAUCCAGCUGAGUGAUCAUUUCUGUUUGUGCGGAUACAAACACAUGUGCACACCUGCACGUAGAAAUAAAGUAAUGUGGAGACUGUGACCGUUAAAUUUCAAUUAAAAGAAAAAGUUAUUUCAGUAACAUAUACGUUGUUUGAUGCAAUUCUGCACGUAGGUUUUAAAAUGAGGAUGAAAUAUCUUAAUAUGUUUCAUACAGCAAUCAAUUGCGAAGUCAUCUGCAAAGGAACCAGUUUCAGUGUAUGUAUAAAUCUGUAUCUAUAUAUACAUACGUGUAUUUGUGGAUGUCAAAAUUUUGUACACGUAUGUAUAGAUCAAUUAUUGUAGUAUUUAUGCUUUUAAAAAUGCACUGUUCUAUUUUGAUUUAUUUCCCAUUCAUGUGCACGUACAUUCCAUGCAGCCAAGGAUGCAGACAGUGCUUUAUUCCGCAAGCAAUUAUGCUUAUAUGAAAGUAAUGGAUAUUAAUUGUGUGUGAAAGAAAAAUGGAUUCUUUGUGUACGUUAUGCAUUUGCCUGCAGGGGGUCAAAAGACCCAGGCAGAAACUUGGAAAGAGGCAGGCUUGCUGGAAAGAGAGCGCAUCGUUGUUGGAGGCUGGAAAUAAAAGCGUGCUUCUCAUUUAAACUCUCUCUCAUGUAUAUGUAUGUACUUCUCUAAGAGUUAAACCUGUGAAAAUAUCUACAAAACAUGUUGUGAGCGUUCUUUUGAUUUGCCUCAAACUUCAAGAAAGGUGAACUGUGUUAGAAAGAGGAUGCGACAUGAAAAAUCUGAAGCGGUUUGGGGCCCAAAGCUGCAAACCUUUCCACAUGUGAAUAAUUCUACACACACAGUAUUCUCAUUGAAGUCAAAUAUCAAAUACUGCACCACCUGUUGCUCCAGUCCUUCGGUUUGGCUGAGAUGCAGCUAAUUAGGAGCGCGUGGAGCUCUGUUUUAGGACUGGAGCCCAUUCUGAUACUUGGGCCAUUUGGGAUAACUGGUAGUGCAGCGUUCAGUGCAGAGCACUUUGUCCAUGCUCAUCUGCAAGCAUGUCUGUAUGCCCAUCUGGACCUAAAAGUAGUUCUGUGGUGUAGUUGGUGGUGAAUGUAUGUACAGAUAUGUGUGUGUGUGUACAGAGGCAGAGCCUAUGAGGAGAUGUAGACAGGCAGAUGGUUGGAGUAUGUCAGUGCUCAAGGAUAUACGUGCGUGACAUUUGCACAUUAGCUGUUCUAUUUAAGGCCGUGUGUACGCUGAGUCUCAAGAAGGAUUUCUUCACUGUUAAAGAGCAGGGAAGAAAAGUUAUCACAGAGAAGAGUGGGAAAAGAAAGUGACAUACCCCAUAUCUUGCAGACAGGAAACAGUUGAAGCAUCAUUUGACUCACUGAAGAAUUAAAUCCAACAGCACUGCAGAGCUGCGUGGGAGAGAAGGAGAUUUUAGACUCAAGUGGCACAAUCAAGUCUUCAGAAGUAAAGACAUUUGGAACAGCUUACCCCAAAUGGAAGUUAUCUAGACAGCCCCCGAGACCUCUCUGCAUCCUGCUUCUGCUGCACUGGGACGGUGUUCUUGGCCCUGGACUUUAAUAAAAUGUUGGAUUCUAUCAAGUGCGUGCUGGUGGGAGACUCUGCAGUGGGAAAAACAUCUCUCUUGGUACGUUUCAUCUCUGACACUUUUCCAGACAACUACAGACCCACUGUGUAUGAGAACACUGGAGUGGAUGUCUUCAUGGAUGGCGUACAGAUUAGCCUAGGCCUUUGGGACACAUCUGGAAGCGAUGCCUUCAAAGGCAUUCGCCCCCUUUCCUACCAACAGGCAGAUGUGGUGUUAAUGUGCUACUCUGUGGCAAACCACAACUCCUUUCUAAACCUGAGGAGCAAAUGGAUUGGCGAGAUCCGCAGCCAUCUGCCCCGUGUCCCUGUUUUGGUAGUGGCCACACAGACUGACCAGCGUGAAACGGGGCCCUACCGCUCCUCCUGCAUCAGCUCAAUGGACGGCAAGCGGCUCGCCCAGGAUGUGCGAGCUAAAGGUUACUUGGAGUGCUCAGCCCUCAGCAACCGCGGCGUGCAGCAGGUGUUCGAGUACGCUGUGCGGACAGCAGUCAAUCAAGCCAAGAGGCAGAACAGGCGGAAACUUUUCUCCAUUAACGAGUGCAAGAUCUUCUGAGGACUGCCAGCAGUGGUUUUGCCUAUGUUCGUUGUUUCUGCCUUUGCACAAAGACGCUGCGGCAGAGAUAAUGGGAGCGAAUCUAAGACAGGAGCACUCCUGUCAGGACCACGGUACAGGUGGCCCCAGUAAAACAGAUGUGCACUCUGCCUGUUCUGUUCCCCUACCCAACACACAUGGGCACUAUCUUUAAAAACGACAGAUGCACACGAUGGGCCUUUGUUCACAACACUGUGUUUGUAAUUUGCCAGUCUGGCCUGUAGCAGACCCAGCCUGGAGAUUUACAGAUCACAGUUGUGCAGAUUUUGUUAUCAGUGUUCUUCAGCUGUUGGUUUGUCUGCAUUUAUUUCAUGACAAACUUUGUCUGGAUCAACCUCCCCUCCUGACAUAUCUGUCCAUGUGGAUUUUUUUCUUACUCUAAGUGUAUCUACUCUUUAAUGUACAAAAUCUGACUGCUGUGUAUCUAUUUAAAAGAUUCUUGUAUAUGUUGUUGUAAAAUCCUGACAGUGUGUUUUCAUGUUUCUAUCCAAACACCGAUGCAAAUAAUUCUAUCCAUAUAAUAAAUGGCCUGCAGGCAAGCCUAGCACUUCUUACGCGUGCCCGAGUUACUGCCCAGCAGUGAUCAAACACACUGUGUUCAGCAUAGGAGUGAUCAAAAUGUAGUGAUAUUUCAUAGCUGGCUUUGUGAGAUUGAUUUUCUUCUCUUAGUCCUGUUCCUAGGAAAACAGAGACCACUGCAACAAUGUGGUCUGAGAUGGGCUGAAGCAGGAGGAACUUAACCUGACUCUUUCUAGACUUGACCUAGUUACAAUCCCAGAAGGGCUGGCUUGUAGUCAAGGCUAACCAUGUGGAUAGGGUGGUGGAGACAAAUCUGUUCUAUCACCGCUUCUCAUGCCCCUGCUGUAAUUCUGGAGGCAAAAGACUUCAUUCUCUAGGGAUGAAAGGUUUUUGUUUUGUUUUAUUUUUAUUUUUAUUUUUAUUUUUUUUAUUUUUUUUUAUUUUAUUUUUUACAUGGGCACUAAAAUUCUCACAUGUUUUUAGCACAUUCUGAUUAUAAACAGUGGUUUUAGCAAAACAAGUAUCCUACUUGCCGGAAUGAAAGAAAUGUCUGGACAACACUCUCAGACAAUCUAAUUUUUGAGUGAUCCCAUAUGGAGUCAGGAGUUGGACUUGACAGUCCUCAUGGGUCUCUUCCAACUUGAGGUGUUCUACGAAUCUAUGAUUCUAUUAUAAUGAAAAAGCAAGUACAUGGCAGUGUUGAAUGUGCAGAUUUACAAUGGCUAAAUAAUACAUUUUGUUUUGAGUUUGCAUGCUAAGCAUAUCAGCCUGGAUUCUGUAAAACGAAGACUGUAGCAGGCUUUGUGCCCUGGGGAGCUUGGCAAGUCUGAGUACCAAGUUCUGACAUACCUGCUUGGACCAAGUUACCCUUCUGCACAGAGAGUCAGGCUAAAGAGGUGGCACCUCUAAAUGUUUAAGUGCAUACUGCUGGAAGACAGUGGGGUGAACACACACCACGUGGUGCAUUCCCUGUGAGCUGUGCCAAACCCUCUGCCCCACACCACCCCUCAGAUCUUGUAGACCAGUCUCAUCCCAAGGUUUCUGCUGCCCUCCCCAUCCUUUGGUGAGCUCAGAACUGAGGCUUAUAGCAUGCUGCUGUGGAAAGUGUUGCACAAAACAGUAGGAUGAUUCUUUCUCAGUGGGGAUCCCAAGAGAAUUAUCUGUGUCUGUUCUGACUAAGCCUGACUCAUGCAAUUGGAACGAAUGCAGAAUCUUGUCUGAUUCAAAUCCAAGGUGGAACUUUGGGAGUUAUCCUGCUAAGCAUACAAUUUAUGGCUCAGAUCUAAGCUACGGAUGGUUUAUACCAGAAAAAUCAGUUGGGUGCCCUUCUCUGUUCUAUCUCUGAGCUUCCUCAUAAGGAGAAAUUCGAAAUGGAAUCAUUCUCCUCCUAUAAAUCCUAGUGGUGGUCUCACUUGUGAUGUAGGUGAUCAAGGAACAGAGUUAUGGGCACCUUGAGCAGCAGUAGUGCGUGGGACACUUGUUACUGCAGCAAUUCCCAAAACUCCCAGGCUGGUGAAUAUUUACCACUCAUCAGCCUUAUUCCAAGUGAGGUUAUAAAAACAUGCUGGUCUCACAUGAGGUUUUAUUAUCAGCUCCAAAUCCUCACAAGCUUCUGCACUUGAGCAUACAUUUUUCCUGCCCUCUUCUCUUUACAGUCUCUCUUUGUAAAUCUUCUGGCAUUCAUUGUAAAUCCCUUGUCCCCUCAAACACUAAAACUGACAUAUUUGUAAAAGAACCUGAACUGCCCGACACUUACACAGAGUUACACAAAUGUUGGGUAUUUUCGUUCCUCAGUUUGGAACUGAAACUGAUCUUUUGGAAGAAGUCAGUUCCAAUAUCCCAACUCUUGUAAUGUGAUGUCAAUGAAACUAUUGUUUAUUGCACCCCCUAAUCUAAAAGCAGACAUUGUUACUGUUUGAACAUUAAAGACCACAAGCAAAAUUUUGCAUUGUCAGUCUUACAGUCUGUUACAUUUGUAGGCAUUUUUAUUAUGGUCUCCACCUCACUGGUUUAAUAUCUAAUUUCAUUAAAGUGAAACAUUUUUUGCC